CGUAUCCGCCUUGCGAGGUUCUGUCUCGCAAAAGCACAACGACCGUACUCUUCAACGCUACUAGGUUUCUGUACCAAGGUUUUUCCACCCAUCGUCGCAAAGCGCAUCGUCUUCCGCCCAGUAGAACGACACAACACGACUGUACCCACUCCGGUCUACUUCUAGUCCUAGCUGUACUGCUGCUUUCUUGGAUCUUCAGCUCAGUGGUAAACUACGACACUGGUACUACGCUGAGUCUGCAGGACGUCCCUGGACUUUCAGCUCUGUGUGAGGUCUACACUGUCGUCGCCGUUACAGUCUACUGCUACAAGUUCUAACGCCACUUUCGCCGCUGCGGGGUACCUACUAGAACGUCUUCGUGCUUCUUUGUAGUGACCGAUCCUGCGGUUGCCGCUGCUCCUGCUGCUCCUAGGUUUUCUGCUGCGACAACCUCCUCAUUUGACCCAUCUUCUCAUUAUCGCCCGCAUAUUUCUGAAGCGAUACUGAGGCAUGGCCCGUUCUCACGGCGUGGCUGUGAUGCGACGCUCUGGCCUUGUGCUCGCUGCACUGGCUGCUCUCAUGCUCUCAGGUGUGCUCUCGGGUGUGCUCUCAGGUCUCAGCCCCGUGCGCCCGGGGGCUGCUGCCGUUCGCCUGCCAGCUACCAGUAACGCCGCCGAUCACUCGUGUGUCAUUCGGAACUGCGGCGCCAAUGCGUACUGCGUGAAGGAGAGGGGCGAUGCCGCCUGCGUCUGCAACGUUGGCUUUUCCAUGACUUUCACUGGCUGCGCUGACACUUGCGCACUAAAGAAGUGUGGUGGGAACGGCACGUGCAUCAAGAACAGUGCUGGAGUGGCGUCCUGCGUUUGUGGCACUGGCUUCGUGCUGCAGGCAGAUGGCAGGACGUGCACUGACACCUGUGCGCUCAAGGCGUGUGGUGGGAACGGCACGUGCACCAAGAACGCCGCUGGAGUGGCAUCCUGUGUUUGUGUCGCUGGCUUUGUGCUGCAGCCUGAUGGGAGAACGUGCUCUGACGCAUGUGAGCUCAAGGCGUGUGGUGGGAAUGGCACGUGCACCAAGAACGCCGCUGGAGUGGCAUCCUGUGUUUGUGACGCUGGCUUUGUGCUGCAGCCUGAUGGGAGAACGUGCUCUGGAACAUGUGGAAGCUGCCCCACAGGGGCCGCGUGCACUGUUGCCAUGGGCCUCGUUCCGUAUUGCGCCUGCCCUCCCGGCUAUGGGAUGCUCCACGGUGCUUGUGCCCAAGGAGCCACCCCCUCUGUCUCUUCCACCAGCUUCACCUUCUAUGAUCGCACCAACUACACAGUAACGCCCAACACCUACACCAUGCGCCUGGAGUACAACGGCUGCACCAGCAUCCCUGCAUCUGUUGCCUCGAACGCCCUCUCGCUGUGGCGCGUCGACGGGGUGCCUGGAGGGGUGGGGAGCUGCGCGGCGCUGUAUGGAUACUCUUUAGGGAGCUGCCAAGGGCUGCGCACCUCGCUCCUCCCUGCCUCGAGUGGAACUGGCAUGAGCGCCGGGGGGUCGAUCAACUAUUCGCCUGUGGGAUCGUACCCCUACCGUUCCUUCAGCUGUGUUCCUCUCGGCCCCUGCGCCGUCCGGAACUGUGGAGCCAACACCACGUGCCAGGUGGACUCUGCUGGAGUGGCGUCCUGUGUUUGUUACCCGGGCUUUGAGCCGAGCAAUGAUGGCAGAUCGUGCAGAGAUCCAUGUUCAUUCUGUGACGGCAACCAUGAAUGCGUGAAGGAUGCUGAGGGUAUGGGGUCCUGUGUGUGCAAAUACCAGAUGCUGUACGGCACGUGUGUCGGCGUGUGAUAGCAGGCGUGUGAUAGCAGGCGUGUGAUAGCAGGAGUAUUUUGAGUCGACUCAAAAUACAACUGAUAGCAGGCUAGCAGCCGUAGAUGGAGUACAGGUGGGCUGUGGAUGCCGUUGGAUUGGAGCCUUACCAAAGCAGCUGGAGCAGGAGCAGUCGCCACUGCAGGCAUGUGUGGAAUGGCGUGGAAUGGCACGUGUGUGGAAUGGCACGUGUGUGGAAUGGCAGGUUUGUGGAAUGGCACGUGUGUGGAAUGGCAGGUGUGUGGAAUGGCACGUGUGUGGAAUGGCACGCGUGUGGAAUGGCACGCGUGUGGAAUGGCACGCGUGUGGAAUGGCACGCGUGUGGAAUGGCAUGCGUGUGGAAUGGCAUGCGUGUGGAAUGGCACGCGUGUGGAAUGGCACGCGUGUGGAAUGGCACGCGUGUGGAAUGGCACGCGUGUGGAAUGGCACGCGUGUGGAAUGGCACGCGUGUGGAAUGGCACGCGUGUGGAAUGGCACGCGUGUGGAAUGGCACGCGUGUGGAAUGGCACGCGUGUGGAAUGGCACGCGUGUGGAAUGGCACGCGUGUGGAAUGGCACGCGUGUGGAAUGGCAUGCGUGUGGAAUGGCAUGCGUGUGGAAUGGCAUGCGUGUGGAAUGGCAUGCGUGUG